AUGGACAAAUUGCGUUCUAUAAAUUCCAAAGGUGAAAAAGUUAUGGUUGGAUUUUCUGGUGGCCCUUCAUCCAGAGCCAUGCUUCAACUGCUAAGCGAUUAUAACGAAGUUUUACCAAAUGAAAUAUCUAAGAAACCAUUAUUCUCUGAAGUUUUGGUUUGUCACAUUGAUGAAAGCUCAAUUUUCGGUUUAUAUGACAGCGAUGACCAUGAUGCGGUUUUAAGUCAAGCUGAACAAGUUGCUCAAAAUUAUAAUUAUUCGUUUAUUGGAUUACACAUAGAUGAUAUAUAUUCACCAGAUUACACUUCUAAUGGUUCUUAUAAUAAAGUUCUUGAAGUCACUUUUGAUAAGUCAAAGCAGCAAGAUAUUGAUGAGCUUAAUGCUAAAAUAUGUCAGCAAGAAACUUCUACAAAAAAAAAAUUACAAUCAUUACUUGAUGGUGUAUCCAAAUUUACCGCUAAAGAAGACCUUAUCAUAUCUUUUACAAGUAAAGGACGUGGAUUUAGCCUGCCUUUGGAAACAUCAGGAUUAAAUUCUUCGUUUGGAGAUGUAACAAUCGUGAGACCAAUGAAAGAUAUGCUGUCUAAAGAAAUCGGUAUAUACAAUAAAUUUCAAGGAUUUGAGGCAACAAUUAUAAGCUCUUUAACAUCCAUGAUGCCGCCCAAAUCAAGUAUAGAUCGAUUAACUGAAGAGUUUAUUGUUAAAUUGGAACGUGAUUUUCCAUCAACUGUGAGCACUAUUUCUAGAACUGCUGCAAAAUUAACACCACCUGAAUUUAUUGAUUCAGAUAAUCAUUGUAUUAUUUGCUUGAUGCCAUAUCAAAAGGAUGACAAAAUUUGGCAGAGCAGAAUUACUGUAAUGACAACCCCUUCGUCAUCUACCAUUGUUAAGAUUCAAAAUUCAAUUUCUGAAAAUUCUGUUAUUAGUUCAAGCACUUGCCCAGGUGCUGCUACGUGUUGCUCUUCAGACUGCUGUACAUCUGAAGAUCUCAAUAUUUGUAGUCUGACAGAUUUCUUAUGUUAUGCAUGUCGAAUCAACAUGCGAGAUAUAAAUAGUAUUACAUUGCCACCUUAUGUGAGUGAAGACGUUCAGAAAAGAAGUGGACGCGAAAAUCUAAAAAAAAGCAUUGAAGAAUACUUUUUAAACGAUGAUGAUUAA